GAUGCUGUUGGUGCCACUACGGAGGAGGAGCGGCUGGUCAGAAUGCGGGACGUCAUCCAGCAGCUGCCCGCUCCUCACUACAGGACCCUGGCGUAUCUGAUGAGACACUUGGCCUGUCUGGCUGGGCACUGCUCCACCAUCAACAUGCAUGCGAAGAACUUAGCGAUUGUGUGGGCUCCAAACCUCUUAAGAUCACAGCAGAGCGAGUCUGCCUGCGCCAGCGGGAGAGCUGCCUGCACAGAACUGCAGACGCAGUCGUCUGUGGUGGAAUUCAUCAUCGACCACACAGACAUCCUCUUCUGCUCCACAUCUGGACCUGACAUCGCAGCUGGAGCAGGGCACAGUUCUCUCUCAGGGCCCAAGUCUGUGCAGGCAUCUUCUCCUGCCACAGAGCUGCUCAGCGUGGAGGAGGCGCAGGCACGGAGGCGAGGCCACAGCAGCUCUCCUGUCGUUGUGACAGAGAGCAGGGACAUGGAAGUGGAAGAAGGCCCCACAGCUGUACGGGGGAAAUUCCACACAGUCAUUGACUUUCCAUCUGAAAGUGCCAAAGCUUGCUGAAACUCUGUUAAACUGAUGGUGCCUGAAGUGUUGCAGUGAAUCUCCACUCCCUUUGCACUGUGCGACAGAACUCACAUUCAGUUGCCCACCGGGCUGCAUUUAGCCACACAAGGCUGGCAUUCCCUCCUUGCUGGGCAGGCAGUCACGAGCUGCAUAAAGCCACGCUGACAUCUGUCCUGGCCUGUGCUGGCUGUACCUGGAA